AUGGCUGCACCACCGGAAUCGCGCAGUUUCAUGGAUUUUUUUAAGACUGCUCAACUGACAAAUAUGCCUUACGACUGGACAACUUCUCAACCCUUUUUCAUUAAUCUUCGUACUCCUGAAAUUUCAUCGGAAUGUCGUGUUUAUUUUGCAAGUUUACUUUCCCCUAAUGGAAAUGUGAACGUAUUUUAUGCUGACGUUGACGUUUCUGAGGCAGCUUGUCUUCAGGACAGUCUGAUUCUCCAACCGCUUCUUCAAAAGGAUGCGUUUGUUAGUGUGGCAGUACGCUCCAAACUUUCACUGGCCGAGAGUCUCCUCCGCGAACGCAUGCGUAGCGGUCAUUUUAGCGCUUCGGACAUAAAGCUUGAUCCGCGUUCAGGCACUUUCCUCAUCUCCAUUUCUGGAAAAAUAGUACAUUUCACUGAUUAUAAUUGGCCUCGGUCCUGCCCUCAAAUUGACACCUUAUUAAAUGUGCUGUCGGCUGAUGAAGGAGCGAUGCAACCGAUCUUCUGCCCUUGCAACCCUAACCUUAUUGCUUACAUGGAUGGAAGGAACAUUGGAAUUACCAACGUCCUAACCUCGACUUACACCCGUGUAACGAACAUCACAGAUCCUAAGAUUUCUGCGGGCAGGCCCUCCUUCGUCAUCCAAGAGGAGUUUGAUCGUUAUGUCGGUUUUUGGUGGCGUCCUGUUUUGGAUUCGCGUGGCACUUACUGUUUAAUCUACGAGGAAACAGAUGAACGUCAGGUGGAAAUAAUCACUUUGCCUAACUUUUCUGCUUGGAAUGAGCAGACAGAACGCCACGCCUACCCCAAACCAGGUACUAAAAAUGCCACAUCAACGUUGAAGAUGGUUACAUUCGUGCUGGACCCGGAGCGUUAUGAGCUAACUGACAUCCAAAUUCGAGAGUUGCCUUCCCCUCUCUUUGAAAUGCUGCCUGAGUAUGAGUACCUAGUGCGAUGUGAUUGGACAGAAGGUGGCGAAUUCUUUUGGAUGCUACUAUCAAAUCGUCUACAAUCGAAGAUGAGCCUUUUCCUUGUUUCGCCUCGAUCCUUCUAUACUGAACGAUGGACUCCGUUCAUCCAUUUAAUUGAUGAAGAAGAUCCAGUCUACUGGGUUGAGAAACUACAAGAUAUCCUUCUUAUCCUUCAGCCGCAUGACUGUUUGCGAUUUUUGGAAGCUACUUCCACCAGCGUUCGGUACAUUUGGCUCAGUCGUCGCUCAGGCUAUGCUCAUCUCUAUGAACAUGUUAGAAAUCUCACUUCUCACCAAUCACCUGCAAAGUUAAUAAUACACACACCGGGUCCGCAUUGUUUUUCGCCCUCUGAAGCUGUGAAAGAGCUUCAGCUGACUAUGGGCGAUUGGGAGAAGGAGACGCUUAGUACUACGUUUACUAUCCAUAUUCAGAUCUUUGUGGAUGAUGUGAAUGAGUUGCUGUUGUUUGAGGCUCUGCGCGAACAUCCUUUGUGGACAAAUGUCUAUGCAGUCAACUACGGUAUGACGGAGCCCUGCAUCCAUCGCCUAACUCUCGAGUCUGAUUGGGUAGCCGCCUCGGCGGUCACUGACGCUCAGCUAGCCGAGGUGGAGUCUCGACUCUCCUUCUCCCUCCUCACAUUUGACGCGGCUUCUGGUCUUUGCGUGGUGGAAGCCUCCAGCCCGAAGCUCUUGCCCGGUCAAAUUCUCUUCCGGCUGCAAAUCGAUGCAAAAGGGCUACCUCGAUUGAAAGCUUUGGCUGUGUUAAAAAAAUUGACUUCAGUAGAUAUCGUUCUACCCACUGCUUUGCGUCCACCCUGUGGUCCUCGGGUACUCUCAUUCACAUUCAAAAACAUCGCCACUUCAAGAACAGCACUCACAUUCCACGGUAUGCUCUUCACUCCGCCUCCGGAGACUCGACCUACGCAGGGAUUCCCUACUCUGCAUCUCGUCUACGGAGGUCCAGGUGUCCAGCUCGUUCGUGGUGUCCACCUUCGAAAUCUAAUUUUGCGAGCUCAACUCUUCUGUCACUUUGGCUACGCUCUUCUUCUCUGCGACUGUCGCGGUUCAGCAAACCGAGGAAGUCAAUUUGCUGGUCACAUCAAAUAUCAGAUGGGAACUGUGGAACUGCCUGAUCAUGUAAUGUUCCUACGCGAAGCCGCGAUGCAAACGGGCUUGAUUGAUCUCAACCGUGUGGCGAUUUAUGGAAGCUCAUAUGGCGGGUACCUGGCACUUAUGGCUGCAGCCAAGCACCAGGAUGCCUAUAGGGCCUCCAUAGCCAUCUGUCCAGUUGUAAGUUGGCUACAUUAUGACACAGCCUAUACGGAGCGCUACCUCGGCCUUCCUUCCGAGCACGAAAGUGCCUACAUAAAUGGUGACGUGUUGACCUACGCCAGUUACUUUCCGGACAAAUCGCCAUACCUGUUGAUCGCACACGGAGGACAGGAUGAGAAUGUCCACUUUGCACACACAGCCAGUCUUCUGCAGCGUCUAAAUGCCCUUGGCAAACCCUACCACCUCUCUGUACGCGGUCGCUAA